AUGCUGCAUCUGAACAGCACUUGUAUAUCGGAUAUCGAGCACAUCGAGCGAGCACUAAGGAAGAAAGACUACGAAGGUAUAAAGACAAGUGCAGAGAUAAAAAGCGUAUUUGAAAAUUUAGGAGAAGCAUUUAAAAGUUUUAGUGACUCUUUGAAGAAAAUUCAUUCUGAUGGAAAUGCCAUCAUUGCAAAUAUAAAGAAGAGGCACAAGGAGGAUGAGGAGGAGGACGGGGGCGAUUCGAGUCGGGUCUACUUGGCCGACUGCUUUGUCAAUGUCGUUACACUUGUGCACAAUUUGUACGAAGAAAAUUUGUCCAUCAGUGAGAAGAUAAAGAAGAACAUAGUCUUGGAGUUGGAAAAGGAAGAAACCGAGAGGGUCCAAGAAAUCAGUUCCAUUUAUAAAGAGGAGGAUGCGGGUUCAACUAACUUGAAUGAAAAUUGUGUUGGAGAGACUCAGGAGGGCGAACUUUCUACUGGAGAGAGAUGGGAAUGCCAGAAGGGCAGGACCAACCCACACGAGAAUAUUAGCCAUGAGAAGGGGACCAUCAUCCAUGGGGGCAAAACAGAAGAAUUACAUAAAGAGGAUUACACACAUAAACACGAAAUCCUCGUAGAUGGAAUUCCACUCCGACAAAUAGAAAUAGAUUUAAAGAGAUGCCUAGAAAAUGAGCUCUUUGCAAAAGAGUACCUUAACAGUGCAAAGUAUAAAAAACAUUUUUCAGAACUCGACAAACUUAAUAUUAAGCUGGACAAAGAAAUUGACGCUCUUAAGGAAAUUCUGGAGAAAUUUGGGAAAAACGCCAACAAAAUGCUAAUAAAUAAAUCUAAGGAAAGAAUAAAUUCUAUUCAAAUUAGGAAGAAGGAACUUUUAGAAAUUCUCUAUGAUAAUAUAAAGGAGCUCCGAUAUAAUAAAAGGACCAUGCGGUGCAGCAUUAAAGACUUGGAGGAGUACGUGCAGGAUAAUGUAUCAAGGAGGAAGAAGUGGCAGGACAGGGAUCCAAGGAACGCAGGAAGGGAGAAGCAAAAUGGGGAUGCCACAAAGGAGGCAACUUCCCCACCAAAUACGGAAGAUCAAAAAGAAGAAAAAAAAAAAACACCUAAAAGACUCAACCUUGAUAAAUUCGAAAUAAGAGAAAAAUACAGAAUCGAGAAAAUAUACAGCAGCGUAAGGGGGUUCAUAAAAAUUCUCGCAGUGGAGCAUAUCCACAUGAACAGCCUGUUGUACAAAGGGGCAUGUCAAAUUAGUUCAUACGACUCGCUCAUAGAUUAUCAAAUGUGGCUGAGCCUUGUUCUAAGAAAGAACGUAGACAUAGCCGACUUGCAAAUGAAGAUUCCCCAAAAUGACGUACUGUCUGAGGAGGAACAAUUUAGGCUAAUGCCACAUCGGGGUGAUUCCCCGGCUGGUGAUGUGCAGAACAUGCCUGAAAAGAAGAGAAAAAUGGAGGAGCAGAAUUUUCGGAGCGGGGAAUUGAUUUGCGUUGAGAAGAGCUCAUCUGGGGGUGAAGAGGAAAGGAAGAAACAGAAAGACUUGCAACACGGAGGCGAAACAGAAAAGGAACAGACCGAACACGCACCACACGGAGGAAACCGUGCUUCUUCUCAAAGGGAUGGUCAAUUCCCCGAAAAAUUCUACAUCCCAAUGAUUAUAGAAAGAAAUACCUACAGAGGAGAGGACAAUAGUACAUCGAAUGGGAAGGAAGCCAAGUGGACCAAAAAUAUGGGACAACCACAGGUAAACUCAUUUGUAGGUGAGAAAUACGAUGAAACAUGUUUAACUGGUAAGUCAUCCCCAAGGAAGGAAAAAGAUAUUUUCUCCUUCCUAACAAAUAGACAAAAGGAGUGUGAAAAAUAUAUGCUACAAUUCAAUAGAGUGGAUAUUCUAUCGACCAUGCUGAGUAAGAAGACUAGAGACAAACGAAGGUGGUAUCACCAGAAUUUCUUUCAAAGUUAUUUCUUCGAAGAGGGACAUCCCUUUUAUCCAUUUAGAAUACCACCCAGUAUUAAUAAUUUUUCAACUUUUGAAAAGUGGCCCUCGACUGCCUCUUCACCAAUGAUUCCCCUCUUUGAGGAGGAAGAAAUGAACGAAUACGAAUACAAGUUGAUAGCAUACGAAUCUCUCCUCCUUGUAUAUUACUAUCUAUCGACGCAGCUCAAUAGUUACUUCCUGUUCGACAUGUCUAAAAGGAACAAGCUCAACAAGGAGGUGUAUAAUGAAUUCUACGAAAGGUGUUCCCCCAUGUUGGAGAAAAUCCAAGGGAAGAAAAAACAAACUUCUACCUAUGCAGAAAGGUCGAACCAGGAAAAGUACAAAUGUACACCACCUGCUAGUAGUAACAGGGGAUACACACUGAAGGAUCAUUUUGAAUACGUAGACUAUAUUUACAAUGUGAAGCUGCAAAAUUUAUUAUUAGUAAAAAGAAUCACAAGCAUUUAUAGAAUUAAAUUGAACCUAGAUUCUAGAACCAACGAUUUGAUCACCUUGCUUACUAUCCCUUCACACUACACAAAUUGGGGCUAUACGUACUCUUUCCAUGUGUUAGAUGUCCGCUUUAGAAUACUUCGCAUAAUGGAAAGCCUCAACUUUAACAAUAUAUUUCACGUUGACGUAGAAAAGUUGCGAAAAGAAAAGAAUCCAACAGGGCAAGUACCCAUCAGCGAGGAAAGUACUAUCUACACAUCAUGGCUUAAACGACAACUACAACUUCUCAACAUAUCUGUGUACUUCAAAUUUUGCACUUUCGUUAAGUUUGUUCCAUUUUUUGAUUCCCACUCUCAUAGUUAUUUUAAAGACAUGAUAUAUCAUUUCCAAAAAAAUGGAGAAUAUUUUAGCUACUUGAGUAGAGGGUCAAGUGACAACCCCUUCGUCUCCUACCUGAGGACUGUGCAGAAGAAGAUAAAGAAGCUCUACUGGUUUGUGCUACACCAGAGGGGGAAAACCGAAGGGGUAAUCUCAUCGCAGCAGGAAAUGACGGAUAAGAACAAAAGGCAUGACAAGGAAACAGAUGAGAGUAAACACGAUCAGAGAAAAAAUGAAGAGACCAACUUCGUCACGUUCAAGUCGCUUCGCAGAGACGAGCAAAUCAUCUUCCUAUGCAAUCUGCUUUUGAAGAAUUUGAUAAAAUCCUUUCGGUUAAUUUCUUUCCUCAAAAUACUUGUGAAGGAGAACAAGUGGAAUACGGGGGUCUGUGAUGAAAAAAAAAAAUUGGCUAAUUUGGUUAAGUACUUCACGAAAAUUGAGUAUUACGAUUACGAGGUGAAGAAGAUUAUCAUAUGUCACCGUGAGGAGGAGCAAGAUCAUUCUUACCAGGACCAAUCAUCUGGAAAGUAUCCUUGUAACGAAUACGGAGGAAAGACCAAAGAAGGGUGCGAUCCCAAGUGGGAUGAUCAAAAUAUAGACCACGAUGAGUUAUAUAAGGAGAUUUUUAUGAAAGAGUUUUCUAAGUUUGUAAAGGUGGGGAAGAAUGGAGCCGCUCACGGGGCAACCCCAUCGAACGAAGCACGACUCAUCCAGAGAGAAAAAAAAGUAGGAAGUAAAAUAUUUUACAAAAUAAACGUCGAAACGGUUCUCUGUUCCAGUUGGUUCAUUGACAGAUCACUUCUCCACUUCUUCUUGUAUUAUUACAUUUCUUGCGUUAUUGGUACCAGCGAAAAAACGAAUAUGUAUGCAGACAUGCCUUACCUCAUGCAGGGUAUCAUGCUGAUACUUUAUUACCUACAAGCGGGCAACGAUUUAGCACUGAAGGGGAAGACAAAGAGGUUUAGCUACGGAGUAGAACCCACACCCAUUCCAAUAUCUACCUUCAUCCUGUACCUGGGCAUUCAUUUGUUCUAUUCCUUUUUCGAUAAAAAUCUGCUAACCGUACAUCAAAAUGGAGAUGAUGGAAACGUGAAACUUUUUUUGAGGACACAUUCGCAGAUCCAUAACGAUGAGAAAGAAUCUAAAUGGAAUCAUAUGGAGAGUUACUUCUCUUCAAUGACGCCUUCCCCAAGGAAGAGCCAAAUUAUUACGGUGCAAAAUGCUAGCCAGUUUUGCUUUGUCAUAAAAAAUUUUGAAUCCAUUUUAUCCUACAGAACGGUUAACGCUAUGGACAUGAAGAAUGGAGAAAAGGGGUUCUUAGGUGAAAAGACAGAUGCAGAUCUACAGGAAGUCAUGGAUAUGCUCUACGCCGAUGAUUCUUCCGGCGAGGAGGUUAUAGAAAAGACAAGUAACAUGACCAAGUAUUCCAAAAAAAAGUUUCUCUUCUGUGCAACUGUCCCGAGCGACCACGACAAAUUUGAAGAUCCCGAUUCACAAGACAAUAUAUUGACAAGGAAAGAAGCAGAAAAAAAACAACAAAAUGAAUUAAUAUAUCUGAAACGUUACUAUAAUAUUUUGCUCCAUUUUAAUUAUAACCAUUUGGAAAAUCUCAUCAGUACCUACGUUCCAAAUGUUCUAUCUCUACAUGGGAAGGGCGAAUUAUAUUCCAAGGAUCACUUUUUCUUUGAUUGGUACAUGAAGAAUGAUAACUAUAUGAAGGUGCCCUCCGUAGGGGAUGAAACCAGUGGGCAUGUACGUUUUGGCGCAUCUAUCACGGGGGAAAGUAAAAGAGAGGACUCUCCGCAGAUGGAAUAUCCAGAUCAUCACCCAGAUGCUAACAACAGGAAGGGUUCUAACACCACAAGCACUGUCUAUCACAAACAGAGCAACCCAAUAAGAACAGAUGCAGAGGCGGAAAAAUAUCAAAACUGGGAUCCAUCUACCUGUAAUACCCUUGUUAUCAAGUAUAGAACCCACGAAAAGAUACACGCUAAUUUCUCCCUCAUUAAUUUGUCUAGAAUUGAAAAAGUAAUGACAGACAUCCUUCUGAUGAGAAUGCUAAGUUGCGACUUUAGGGACCACUUCAUCCUCCUUCUUUGCAAUUACAGAAAAUUCAUCGACAUGUAUUCCCUACCAUAUGUGUUAGAUGUAUUUGUUAUGUUGCGCAGAUUCUUCACUAUCAAUAAUAACAGUUCGGAGGAAAAAUCAAAUCGGCUCAAAUACCUUCACGGGGUGCGUACUAGCCAUACGGGGAACGUACGGCACGCGCGCUACGCUCGUCUGAGAAGAACACAAGAAAGCAAUAUAACUCUCUUUGAGCGUUCUUGCAACGUUCUUGUUGAAGACGAUUUGGGUGAUAAAGAAUGCCAUUCUGAGAAGCACCUUGAUGGUAAUUCUCCCACUUCUACCGUCCAGGAGGUGACAAAGGAGAAGGGAGCAAGGCACGCUUCUCCUACUCAUGGCAUAAUAGGUUCCGAACACGAACUGUCCAGUUUCUUCAAAUUUUUUAUCUUCAACACAGUGAAGAAUAUUUUCUUCAAUAUUGUGUGUAUCGUGAGGGAAGACAUAGAAGUGGGGGAAAUGCUAAAAAAACAGGAAAAUGGUCACUCAGAAAGUGGGGAAGCGCUACAUUGGACAAAUGGGGAGGUGGAAGGCAGUCCAUUUCUUCGGGCGCAAAGAGGUUCGCCCGAGAAAGAAGAGAAUGAAAGCGAUAGAGGUGAUAUAAGGGAUAGUAGAAACGAUGAUGAUAUGCUAAAUUGUACCGCUCCCGAGGUACAGGACCCCUUGACGAAUCAAUACGUAGACAUUAUAAACAAGUACAUUAACGAAGUUUUUGCGGAAAUUUUAUUUUUCUCGAGCAUAUGGAAAGAAUAUCUGCCACCGGAGGAACACCCCCUCAUGGUUCUGUUUGCAGCGAACAGGACGCUGUACUAUGAAGUUUCAAAAUUCCUUGGAAUAAAUAAGAACAACAACGACGUACUAUUUAGUCAGGCUCUAUCCAUCGUUGCCUCUUUGUAUAAUUUCAAUCUGCUCAUUAAGGAAAUCGUGCUACAAACUAAUACGUACGACAUGUACCAGUGUCUUGUGAAUGAAAAACCGCUCGACUUUGGUGUCUCCACGGGGAAAAUGUCCACCAAGAAGGACCGUGCAGAUGCCCGUUCUUCCCCCGUCGUGGAAGAUACGCAUCGAACCAAUUCCCCGCGCAGGAAGAUUCAGAACAAAAUAGCGAAGUACUAUGAAACGAGGAAUUCCAUGAGGGGGCACGGCGAUAAAGGGCAACAGAACCGAGCGGAGGACCAAUCGGAUAACAAAUCGGAUGACCAACCGGACAACCAACCGGACAACCAACCGGAUGACCAACCGGAUGACCGGUUCAUAAACCUCUCCCUCAUCAUCUCCAACGCAAGCGAUCCGUGCAUGGUGAAGCUCAUGUUCAAGUUGGAGAAAAUCUUCAUCCAAAUAAUGGACCAAAAGUUAGAGCAUAAUAAAAAACUUCUCUCCAUCUGUUUAGGAAAGGAAAAAUUGGUUCCACUGAAUAGCCCAGAUAUUAUGUACAACUCAACAUGUGUCGAUAUCUUCUCCAUCAUAUGGAGUAUUUUGGAUGUCUUGUUAGAGUACAAGUGUCCAAUCGAAUGGAUCAUCACGCCAUUUGUACAGUUCCUAAAUACCUUUAUAAAUGAUUAUUGUGAAAACUACAAAAAGAAAUACACCUCCUUUAUUAUAUCUGUCAUGAAUCAAUACGCAGAUAAAUAUUUUCAGGAUUUGCUAAACCUGACGGAGCAGCAGAGAAUCCAGUGGGAUAAAAUUUCCCGUACUAAUAUAAAAAGGAGAAAUAGAAAAGAAGGAGAUAAGGCAGAUGACGAACCAGCUGGGGGAACUAUUUUUAAGCAAAACGAGUUGGACAUGCUUGAUCAUGAAGAGGAAGAAGAACAAGACGAUCUGAUUCUGUACAAUGAAAACAUAGAAAACGAAUUCGAUGAUGUCAAUGAAAUCACAAAGCGAAUUAAAUAUAAGAAAAGGAAAAAAAACGUCCUUUACAAAUUAUUUGACUAUGAAGAAAUAGAUGUUAAUGCGAUAAAAACCAAAGUGGGAGAAUUACUUGAAGAUAUAAAUGAUCUCUCUGUUAAGGUAUCUCCUUUCCAGAGCAGCAGUCCAUCCAAACUGGGAAAGGAAUCUGCGCAGGUAGAUGUAGGGCCAAGCGGGACCACCCAAUUUAAUCCUUCCAAAGAAGAGAAUGCCGAACCCACCAGAGAGGAGAAAAAAACAGGCGAAUACAUGAGCGAUGAUCUAGUAAACAUUAUAGACGAAAUUAAUCACCUCUUUAAUAAUUCCGAUAUGUCCAGCUCAGUUGUCAUCACAUGGAAUCUAUUUUUCUUUCAAGAACAAGUGGCCCUCAUUAGAAACAAGUUUGAAAAAUAUAUCGUGGACUAUAUUUGUGCGAGGACACAGGGCGUAGACAAACUGAGCCGCUUAUUCAACAACUACGUAAGCGUAGACAUAGAUCUACCCAUGUUACAAAGAAACAUAUACACAAAAACUAUUUUAGAUAUACUCAACACUUCCAUAAGUAACAUAAGGGAUACACUAAAAAAUACACUUUACUUCAUUUUUAAAGUUUUAUCCAUCCGAAUGGUAUGUUACGAAUUUCAGAGAGAAGUUUUUUUCAAUCUGUAUGAAGAGCCAUUUGACACGAACAACAUACAGUCCAUCGUUGCCAUAUUCCCAAACACAGUGGAGAAAUUUAUUCUUCAAAUUCCGGAGUCUUUUCGAAAGAGUAUUCUCACCGUUUUUAUCGAGCUGUUCAUAAAAAUGUGGAUUCUUGUUGUCGUAGAGAAAGGAUUUUCAAGCUACAUUUUUAACGACAACGAUAUACACAUGAUGAAGCGCGACAACCAGUGCAUCCGCAAGUACAUGAAACAGAAGGGCAUAGAGCUAAGCCAUUUGUUCCUCACCAAAAAAUAUGAUGUCACUGAAUAUAUCGACACUUUUUUCGAUUCGCUUUAUGCGGACCGCCACUUGUUUCUGCAAAUUAUCUCGGAGCAGAAGGAGCGCAAGCCCAAGAAUAUCAUGUCUUCCGCCUACAACAAGGGGAUGGCCAUAAUAACUGGAAUAAACCAACACAUUCAGGAGAACCUGUAG